AUGAACAAGCUACUCUUACUUUCUCUUCUCUGGCAGGCAGUUCAGCCUACAUUUGCGGUUGUCUUCAAUAGCACGAGCUGCACCGCACAAUGCCAGGCCCUAGGUAACCUCGCGAGCUCGUACGAGGCGUCGCAGCGUGCAGACGCCAGCCUGACGCCCUCCUUCUACAACGUGCCCUCCAACUUCUCCCGGAGGCUGGCUCCGGGAUCUCUCCUCAAGAUCGAAUACGUCACGGACCCGACCAACUACACAGUCCCCUACAGCCUGAGCAUGUCCCGCAUUCUGUACACGACGACAGACCUCAACGGAACCAUCCAGCCCGCCUCCGCCUACAUCCUGUGGCCAUACACAGCCGCCAAGUACCCCAACAGCAAGGGCUUCCAGUUUCCCAUGGUCGCCUGGGCCCACGGCACGUCCGGCAGCUUUGGCGCGUGCGGCCCGUCCAACUACAAGGCGCUGCAGUACCACUUCAUGGUCCCGUACGCCAUCGCCGAGCAGGGCAUCGCCGUCGUGGCGCCCGACUACGCCGGCCUCGGCGUCAGCGCCCUGCCCGACGGCACGCCCGUCCUCCACCCGUACACCGGCGCGCCCGCGCAAGCCAACGACCUGGCCAACGCCGUCGUCGCCGCGCGCACCGCCUUCCCGGCCAGCCUGCCGAAAUCCAACCCCUUCGUCGUCGCCGGCCACUCGCAGGGCGGCGGCGUGGCCUGGGCGUUCGCCGAGCGCCAGGCCAGCAAGCCCGUGGCGGGCUACCGCGGGACGGUCGCGUUCGCGCCCGCGCUGCGCUCCGUCGAGUGGGUCACGCAGAUCCUCAAGGACCCGGCGCAGGCCAAUAGCCCCGCGGGCGGCGUCGGCAUCAACAUCGUCGCCGGCGUCACCGCCGCGUACCCGGCGUACAACUACCGCGGGCUGUCCGCCGUCGGCUACGACCGCUGGCACAACGUGCUCGCGCCGGUGCAGGGCUGCCUGACGACGCAGAGCCUCGCCCUGGCCGACGUCGCGCCUGCCAACCUGACGCGCGUCGGCUGGUACGACGAUGCCACGGUGCGCGAGUUCGUCAGCCGCACGCGCGUCGGUGGCAAGGCCUUUGCCGGCCCGCUGCUGGUCAUCGAGGGCGAGCUUGAUUCGGCCGUCCCGCUGGCCCUGCUCGCGCCCGUCGUCAACGAGACGUGCGCGUUUCUAGCCAAGACGCACAGCGCCGAGCAGCUCGACUUUGUCGUGUAUGGCAAGAUGAACCACUUCCCUACCAUCCAAGCCAGCCAGGCGCAGUGGAUGGGCUGGGUCAAGGAGCGUCUAUUAGCGGCGCCCUCAAAGGGGAGUAGGGACAGCAAGAAGACGCAGUGCACGACGGCCAGGGUCGACGGGUUCAGGCCCGAGAGCGCCGUCACGGCGCUACCCGAUGCUAUCCUGCCCAACUGGAUCGUCUCGCAGGCCGCGCCCACCGAGCAUUGGAAGUAUUCGCUCUAA